UUUAGUUUUUUUUUGGGGUCAACCUCACAGCACACGGAGCUUGUGGCUACUACCCAACCACAAGAGAAGAACAGUAUAUUUUGCCAUAUAUUUUGGGUUUAGUUUGAUCACCAAAUCUGUGCUCUUCAUCACCAUCUUCUUCGUUUCUUCUUUAAAAAAGCAAAAAUGGAGGGAGGAAAUAUGGGUGGAGAAGUAAAGGUCUACACUUUGGCCGAGGUUUCUCAACACAACCAUGCUAAAGACUGUUGGCUUGUCAUUGAGGGCAAGGUAUACAACGUGACCAAAUUCUUGGAAGAUCAUCCCGGUGGCGAUGAUGUCUUGCUGUCUUCCACAGGGAAGGAUGCAACCGAUGAUUUCGAGGAUGUUGGUCAUAGUAGCAGUGCUCGAGCAAUGAUGGACGAGUUUUACGUGGGCAACAUCGAUACAUCGACCAUUCCCACCAAGAAAAAAUACACUCCUCCCAAGCAACCUCACUAUGACCAAGACAAGACCUCGGAAUUCGUCAUAAAGCUUCUCCAAUUCCUCGUUCCCCUGCUGAUCUUGGGGUUGGCCUUCGGCGUCCGCUUCUAUACCAAAGCACCGGCUUCAUCUUGAGACCCCGAAAGAGGAUUCAAACGAUAUUCCCAAUAAAAUUUACGCUAGUUUAAAUUUAUUUGGAAGUUUUACAUACCGUGGGAUAAUGAUAAAUGGUUGGAUAUUUUCAUUCAAACAUUUGUUUAAAUGAAUCCGACGAUCGAUUCAUCCUGGAUUGUGAUAUUCUGAUAAUUGCCUUUUCUCCUUGUGUUUGUCCAGUAUCUCCCUUUUCUAUGAUCAACGUUCAAAUGAAUGUCCAUUCAUUCAUGCA